AUGCCUAGUUCAAUAACGGGUAAUAAAGCUGCUCUUGGACAGCGCCAGCCGCUCCGUGAGCUGACACAACAGAAUGCAGCCCUCAAGGAAAGCCAGGAGGAGCUGUGCCUGCGGCUGGCCCAGCUGGAGGGCCAACUUCCGAGGAGGACCGAGACAGCUGGAGAGGCAAUUCAGCUGCCUCUGUUCUCUCUGAAGGAUUUCCAGGCCGCGGAGGAGGUCCUCCAAGAUGCUGCCUCAAGAAAAGCUUUGAGUUCGGUUUGUUCUAAUGGGUGGAACCGCAGUAAAGGAUGCGGUUCGCUGCAUCAUGGAGCGAACCCUCAAAAAAAAGUUCAGGCGCAUUUUACGUUCGUGGGGCAGCAGGUGAAGCAGCCAUUUAAAGGAACCAAGCUCUUUUCCGUCAUCAAGGCUGCUGUCCAAAAAAAAACGAAGGCGGCUGACACGGAGGUAGAGGCGGCCAUCCGGGUCUACCUCUACGGUGUGAAGGACCGGGAAGACGGGCGGCGUUCCCGCUUUUUGGACGCUGUAGAUGCUGCAGCUUCGAGGACGAUUGCAGCAUUGAGCGAGGCUCCAGCUUUGAACGACGCUGUAGCCUCGGGCGAAGCUGCAGCCUCGUUCGAUGUUGCGGACCUCUUCGAGGUUGCAGCAUCCGGUGGCUGGAGCGACGAAGAUUUUCAAGAAUAAAACCCGUGACCACAGUCUUUUGUUUUUGCCCUU